AUCGUUGCAUUUCAUUUUGGCAGCCUAUUUCUUUUCUUCUUCUUCCGUUUCUUUAUCCUCUGUCUUCUUUCUCCUCAUUAUCAAAAAAAAUAUGGUUUUUAUUCAAUUUAUAUUUUUUCCCAAAACAGAGAAGAAACACACACACAGCUGCUAGGAAUACUCGUGAGGUCGUACCCGGACCGAUCUCCAAAACGAUUCGUUUCGUUCCUCUGCCUCGCGCGUUUCAACCCGAAACCCUAACCCUUACAAGUUACUAAUCUCUUUUUCGAUGAGUUUUCCUUUCGACUGAGUUCUAGACAUCGGUCCGGCCGGUUCCCUCUACGCGGCUUUCGAUCCCUGAAAUCGGCGAUCUCGUCGGGGUGGAUCUGAGUGGUAAGAGAUAGAGAGAGGCUUUUACGAUGCCCUCGCACGCGGAUCUGGACCGUCAGAUUGAGCAUCUGAUGGACUGCAAGCCGUUGCCUGAGGCCGAGGUGAAGACGCUCUGUGAUCAGGCCAGGGCAAUUCUGGUUGAGGAGUGGAACGUACAGCCGGUUAAGUGCCCCGUGACGGUGUGCGGUGAUAUCCACGGCCAGUUCUACGAUCUCAUCGAGCUGUUUCGGAUAGGAGGGAAUGCUCCCGAUACCAAUUAUCUCUUUAUGGGCGAUUAUGUAGAUCGUGGCUACUACUCAGUUGAGACUGUCUCACUUUUGGUGGCUCUGAAAGUUCGUUACAGAGACAGGAUCACAAUUCUUCGAGGGAAUCAUGAGAGCCGGCAGAUAACUCAAGUGUAUGGUUUUUAUGACGAAUGCUUGAGAAAAUAUGGAAAUGCCAAUGUGUGGAAGUACUUUACUGAUUUAUUUGAUUAUCUACCCCUCACCGCCCUUAUUGAGAGUCAGAUCUUCUGUUUGCAUGGAGGUCUGUCACCCUCUCUAGAUACGUUGGAUAAUAUCCGAGCUUUGGACCGUAUACAAGAGGUUCCACACGAAGGACCAAUGUGUGAUCUCUUAUGGUCUGAUCCAGACGACCGCUGUGGGUGGGGAAUAUCUCCACGUGGUGCUGGUUAUACAUUCGGACAGGAUAUAGCUGCUCAGUUCAACCAUACCAAUGGGCUGACAUUGAUUUCAAGAGCCCACCAGCUUGUCAUGGAAGGGUACAACUGGUGUCAGGAAAAGAACGUGGUGACUGUAUUUAGUGCUCCAAACUAUUGUUACCGUUGUGGGAAUAUGGCUGCAAUACUAGAAAUUGGGGAGAACAUGGACCAGAAUUUUCUGCAGUUUGAUCCGGCACCUCGGCAAAUUGAGCCUGACACCACACGCAAGACUCCCGAUUAUUUUUUGUAAUUUCAUAUUUUUGCCUGCUGCUUGUAGCCCCUGUUCUUCUGCUAUGUUAUUGUAGAUGUGUCUUAAAAAGAGAGGAGUUCUGUUGUUUAAGAUGAGGGUCAUCAUCAACAUGAUUCUUUUGUUGGAGUUUGUGCUGCUGCUUUAUUGUUUUUCUUUAAGAAACUCAUAGGAGAACUGACAGAAGCCACCAAUGGCCUGUUUUCUUGUAUAUUUUCGGAAGGAGGAAGCGGCAAUAACAUGGUGUAUUUCUUCUGUAA